AAUGACAAGCAUAGGUUUAGGUUAAGUGUUCACGGAGUCGGGGUAGACGGUUGCAGCGAUCAUCACGGGAGGGUGCAAGUGUGGUUUGAGCUGAGGAAUUAUACCCCAUACAUCGAAACUCACAAAACAAAGAGCGAGAUCUAGCGGAAAUUUUAAGAGAUGACGUCAUCAUGGAUGACCUGCCUGGUGGUAUUAGCUGGUGUAGGAGUCAUCACUGCACAAGAGUUCACAUUUGUGAAUGAUGUGACCAUUAAGGUACGUGAGGGCCAGGAUGUACCCCUGGUUCUCCAGGUCACACGGAGUGGCGCUGUGACGGAGAGUGCCACGGUCACCCUCAUCGCACUGGAGUUUACAGACAACUACAGCGAACAAUGGCGGCUACCCGUGGAGUUUCGCGUGGACGAGGCCACCCGUUCACUUCCGCUUGGAACACUCGACGAUCAAAUCCAGGAACCAGACAGACUAUACGUAUUUGAGCUCACAGCGCCAUCUGCAGGCUACGCAAUCGGUGCCAAACAACGAGUGUAUGUGUCCUACGUGGACAAUGACGGUCCUGCACUAUUCAACUGUAACGCCGGAGACAUCUGCCAGAACGGCGCCUCCUGCGAGUCUACGACCGGACAGUGUAACUGCCAAGGAACGUCUAUGCCAACUGCAUUCAGAGAUUGUCGUCUAGAUAUAAGGCAACUAGACACAUCCAUGUGCGCGAGUGUAAACUGCGGGCAGAGCGGAGUGUGUGUCAACAAUGGGAAAGCCACUUGUGUCUGUCAGCCCGGCUAUGUCGGGGACACCUGCCAACUGAAGCAGAGCUACAACGUUGAAUGUUUCGCCACCCGCAUGUGUUUGAAUGUGGACCCGCCUGUUGGUUACACCGGGGAACGUUAUGUUCUUGGACGACAAGGCCUCAGCCAGUGCAGCCUCAAUGGUGUCAGCAGCGCCAUCACUCGGGGCGACAACAUCCCCACCACCUGGACCGGCUCCUAUAUUUGCCUGAACCAUGUCGACAACAUCUGCGGGGAUGUUGAGUCGACGACAGAGAGUGACAGAACCAUCACCCGGGCCCGGAAGGUGAUGAUUCGCCAGAAUAAUCUGCGGACAAUGAACGACAUCAUCUUCACCGCCUACUGCAGAUACGACUCUUCGGGGACGAUCACUAUUGAUAAGACAAACAUUUCACCAAAUCCUCCAGGGUUAAUCCUCGUCAACCAAACUAACAACAUCAACGCAGCCUAUGUGUUCGUGGUGAAUCCGGCAACCGGGAGAGAGGUGACGUCGACGGGAGUUGCCGUCGGGGAGGAGGUGUGCUUUGCUUUCGUCAUCGAGGCAACAGGUUACACUUCACUCCGCCUGGAGAGUGUGGUCGCGAACGACCAGUUGAACCCAGUCACAACAUAUGGGAUUCUGGAUGAGGGGUGUCCGGUAAACGGUACCGCUAACGUGGUCAGCAAACUGCCCUUCUUGCCAGACACGGCCGACAGGAGGAGGAUCUACUUCUGCAUCAACGCAUUCGCCUUCAGAAACAGCCUCACGGUCGGCUUCAGAUUCCAACUGUCAUUCUGCACAGGCACUGACCCCGUCUGCAACCCGUACACCUGUACUGGUGGCAAAGCGUCAUACGGGCGGAAGAAGCGGGCGUCAGGGGAGACAACCGAGAUUCUAGAAACAACAAUAGUCAUCAAGGAAACACCAACAGCAGCUCCCAGAACAGACGGUAACUCUGAAUCAUCCCCGUCAGUGUGUGAACUAACAUCCAACAUCGUCGCAGCGUUAGCAACUUUGGCAGUCCUAGCCGCCAUCUUGCUGAUCCUGACACUGGUCCUCCUCCUACGUUCAAUGAGAUCACGCGAUAACUCACGAGACAAUUAGUGCCAUGCUGGAAUCUACGAGCAGCAGGACACGUUAAACAUUAUUUAGACAUUUAAUAUGAGAGACGAGACUAAACCUAAACGCUCUUCCCGUCGUUGUUUCUGUUGUUUAUUCUUUGAUGUCAAAGUAUUUUUAAGUUCUGGUAAAAAAUGUCUUUCAACUUAUGUUUACCGAGUUUGUGCUGAGACUAAACUAGGUUUUACCUCCAGCCGGUUGUAGAGAUACCAAAUUAUCCAUAUUUAUUUUUUAGGACGUGUUUAUUGUUUAAGUAUUGAAUUUUCCCUUUUUCAAAAUUGUCAUUUUUGACAUCCCAAGUUCGCGAUCAUUUUCACCACGGAUCAGAGUAGAAUUCGCCAUGACAUUUCAACUAAAGUGACUGGGCCAUACAACUUGUGGUUAAUCCAUGUAAACUAAACAGCUCGAGUCUUCUAUAACGGUUAAAUCCCCGGUAUCCAUGUACUAGGUCCCGUUUCACAGAGCCAACUUAGCGCUACGACUGGCGUAAGUCUAUAGUAAAUAAAGUAUUGGAGUUAUGGCAGUCGUACGCUUCGUUCGCUACCCCAAGGGGGUCUCUGUAGACAACUUGUUUGUAAUUAUUCAGAAGUGUUAGCUUUGUUAAAUCUGCUGUUCUGAGACAAUUCACGUGUACAUUUUAAUACCUGUAUGUAGGAAUUUUCAUGUUGCACUGAGCUUCAAGACAGAAAAAACAUGAUUUCACAAUCACAGCUGUCAAAAAUCGGAGGCUGUUUUAAUGCUGUGCAUUUUUCUUUAUAAAAGAUCUCUGCGUGGAUAAUGUAUGUUCUUAAAAUAAAGCGAUCACGUUUUCAUA